CAGUGUGUACAUGUUGUGUGAGGCGCAGGGCUGCGGGGAGAAGCAGUAGUGCUUGUCAGCUUUCAGUGUUUUUAACCCCUGCUCUCCCUAUUGAGUCCGGCCGCCAGCGGGGACUGUCCGGUACAUGACAGCCCGGGGCCAGCCGCACGCUUGCUGUACGUUAGCGGCUCCGGGUCAGCAAGCUGUUGUCGCUCUCGGAGACUCGUGAAAAGUCGCUCAUCAUGCCGCCCAAGAGUCCGCGCAAAGCCGCUGGCCACGCCCACGAGGAGCUGGAGAGCAUGGGCGGGAAUGAAUUUCAAGAUCCAGAGUUUGCUUCGUUGUGUGGCAAAUUGAGAAUAUCUGACCACGUUAAAGGGAGAGCUUGGAAAACCUAUGAGCAACUGGAAAGGAGCGUGCUAAGGGACUCCAACAAAACCGUGUCUCUUGGUCUUUGCCUCUUCAUUGCUUCGGUGGAUUGUGAAGAAAUGGCAUUUACUUUUACAGAGCUCUUAAAGGCUAUAAAUAUGAGUGUGAGCAGAUGUUUUCGGAUUCUGAAAGAGAUGGAUAUUAACGUGGACAAUCUCAGCACUAAAGUAGACCAUGCCAUAUCAAAGCUCAAGACAAAAUAUGAAACGAUGUGCCACUUAUACCAGAAGUUUCAAAGGACUUUCAAUGUGAUAUUCACAGAGAUGGCCAGCAAUCGGACUGCCAACGACUCUAGCACGUCUUCUAUUCUAACUGAGACUUGGAUCAUGUUCAUUUUAGCAAAAGGAAAAGUGUUACAGAUGGAUGAUGACCUUGUGAUCUCGUGGCAAUUGUUAUUGUGUGUCUUGGAAUAUAUUCUGAAGCGAUCUCCCUCCGAAGUACUCAAGGAGCCCUAUAAGAGUCUAGUGAAUAGUCUUUCUGUCAAUGGACCAACCCGCACUUCCCGGCGUGGUCAGAACAGGAAUAGACGCGCGUCACAAGUGGCUGUAACAGACAUGAGAGUAAUAGAGGUUCUUUGUAAAGAAAAUGAAUGUCCUGUUGAUGAGGUAAAGAAUGUCUAUACCUCAAGUUUUGUCAGCUUUUUGGAUUCUGUUGGAAUUUUAAUGACUGAUGGAAUUCCUAAGGGAGAAGUGAUGUCGAAACAGUAUGAAGAACUUUAUAAUAAAAACAAGGAUAUUGAUGCAAGGCUAUUUUUAGAAAAUGAUGAAACUCUGAGAGCAGAUGUUCAAGACAGUUUGGAUCACGAGAGAACACCAAGAAAAAAUUUGAACGAAACUUUGAUACCCCCACAAACCCCAGUCAGAGCUGUAAUGAACACAAUCCAUCAACUUGCUACAGUCCUGAACUCUGCAAACGAUGAGCCAUCUGACAUUCUCAACACAUACUUCACUAAAUGCACAGUAAAUCCAAAGACCAAUAUUGUCAACAAAGUGGAACAUCUUGGGCACGUCUUUAAAGAAAAAUUUGCUUCAGCUGUUGGCCAAGCAUGUGCUGAAAUAGGGUAUCAGAGAUAUAAACUUGGGGUUUGCUUGCAUUACAGAGUGAUGGAGGCCAUUUUGAAAUCGGAAGAAGAACGCCUGUCUGUUCAGAAUUUCAGCAAACUUUUGAAUAAUGAGAUCUUCCAUACAUGCCUAUUGGCCUGCGCUGUGGAAGUGGUAAUGGCAACAUACGGAAGGCACAUUUUGCAAAACCAGUCAAAUUCAAUAACCGAUCUGUCAUUUCCAUGGAUUCUUGACGUGUUUGAGUUGAAAGCUUUUGACUUUCUCAAAGUAAUUGAAAGCUUUAUAAAAAGUGAACCAAGCCUAUCGAGAGAUGUGAUCAAACACCUUGAGCGCUGCGAGCACCAAAUCAUGGAGUGCUUGGCCUGGCAGUCUGACUCUCCUCUGUUUGAUCUCAUCAGACAAACCAAGGAUCGGGAGGGAUCAAUUGAUCAUCAUGAGGGAACUUCUAAUCUACAACAGCCGCUGCAACACAAUCACACUGCAGCAGACUUGUAUCUUUCACCUUCAAGACCAAACAGUCAUUCUUCUACAGCUCCUACCACCCCAUCAAAUAUUAAUGGACUUCAUGCAUCUCCACAUCAGCAGAAAUCUAAAUCACUUUCUUUGUUUUACAAAAAAGUGUACCGCUUGGCGUAUUUGAGGUUGAAAAGUCUAUGUUCCAGACUUUUAUCUGAUCAUGCUGACCUAGAGCAUAUUAUCUGGACUCUUUUCCAACAUACCAUGCAGCACGAAAACGAACUUAUGAGGGACAGACAUUUAGAUCAGAUUAUGAUGUGUUCUAUGUAUGGCAUUUGUAAAGCAAAGAAUAUUGACUUAAAAUUCAAGACUAUUGUAACAGCAUAUAGAGAACUCUCAAACACGAAUCAAGAGACUUUUAAGCAUGUAUUGAUUCGAGAUAACCAACAUGAUUCAAUCAUUGUCUUUUACAACCUGGUCUUCAUGCAGAGAUUGAAAAGCAACAUUCUUCAGUAUGCAUCAAAUCGGCCUCCUCCAUUGUCCCCAAUACCAUCUAUUCCUCAAAGCCCUUACCGAUAUGCAAACUCUCCAUUAAGAGUACCUGGUGGAAAUAAUAUAUAUGUCUCCCCUUUAAAAAAUGUGUACAAAACAUCUGAUGGAAUGCUUUCUCCAACCAAGAUAACUCCACGGUCCAGAUUCCUUGUAUCCAUUGGAGAAUCUUUUGGGAGUCCUGACAAAUUUCAAAAAAUUAACCAAAUGGUGAAAAGUAGUGAGCGACCUCUGAAAAGAAGCACUGGUGAUGGCGCUGUUCCAAAACCUCUGAAAAAGCUUCGCUUUGAUACAGAUGGGCAAGAUGAAGCGGAUGGCAGCAAACAUAUUCCUGGAGAGUCUAAAUUCCAUCAGAAACUAGCAGAAAUGACAUCCACAAGAACAAGAAUACAAAAGCAAAAGUUAGAGGAAUCAACGGGUAUCACCAAAAAUGAAGACAAGUAACCAUUUUUCUAGGUGUAUUCAACAAAACGCAGACUGCCUAUCUCUUCAUUUUAAAUGUAUCUAGCCCAACAACUUAGGCUUUUAAAGUAUGUUUUAUUUUAAAACAUUUCCAACAUAGUCUUAAAGUGGAACUGUCACUUCAUGAGAAGUGUUAGUUCUGUAUUCCUUCACCCUAGUAAAUGCUUUUGCAGAGUUUACUGGGAUGAUUAAAGCAGAGAAGGUAAGUUAAAAAAAAAACCAACAAACCUUACUUCUGCUGCACAUUCGCAUUCUAGACUACAUGAUGCCUUAGGUGUGCCUGGGUAUUGACAAAGAAACUCCAUACAAGCACACACACGCUCUGUUUUUUCUCCAGCAGUGUAAUGCACAUGCUUGUAUACAAGUACAACGUCACAUGGAUUAACUAACUUUAACAUACUUUGCCCAGUGUACCUGGCAAAGAAUGCAAAUUAAAAUAAAAGUAAGUCUGUGAACUAUUUUAGCACAACUAGUAUCUAAUGUGUAUUUCUGAAGUGAGAGUUUCUUUCAUUGUUCAGGCUUCACAGAUAAAAUGAUCAAACAAGCUGGAUUUGUAUGGAUAUGGCAACCGAUCCAACACUAUAUGUGUUUCAGUUGUUAACGGGGAAUGUAUGAGCACCAUAAUCACCUUGCACUAUUGCUCAUUAUCAUAUCUAAUAGUGGGUUGUAGUAGCAAAGAUUUAAAAAGUCCGCUGCCAUAUAGUUCUAGGUUGCCAAUGUCCAUUCCAUCCCUGUUUUUGUGUGUGUGUAUGGCACAUAAUGGUGCCUUUUUUCCCCUGACCUAUGGACUGCACUUGUGCGGCCCUCAGCAUUCUGGAAAUAGUGAGCCAGUCUGUGUAUAAACUGAUAGCAGCUAUCCAUUUAUUGAGAAGUUCUAGUCAUUCUACAUGAUGAUUGGAACUGCUCUUUGGGGAUAAACUACUUAAACCAUAAUCCACUGUGCAUCAGGUGAUCAUGGGAUAAGAUCAGUUCGCAUAGAUCAGUAUGUCAUUUUUUUUUUUUUUGUACUUUGUGGGGGCCUUAGAUUUGCAUUGCAGUUUUCAAGAAACCACAAUUCACUGUCUAGUAGAUAAACCCUGAAGUAUUUUACUAAAUGUAAUGAUCUGAGUCACCUGAUUUUGAUAUCUAAUAAUUUUGACAGACUUCUAUCUUGCAUUGCCUUUUUAUGUUUUUAUGGAUAUAUUUUUGAAACGGCCAGCUAGUAUAGCAAGUGUUCAAACAAUAGAAACCUCAUUCCCUUUUA